AUGGAUGCCGAAGAAACCCUCGACCACGAGCUUGUGGUUGUGGACGAGUUCGAUGCAUUGGCGAUUGAAAUCAAGACACCUCUAAGCAAUAAAUAUCCAGCAAGGGAACAUGCAAAGAAGGUUGCCAAAGAGCUCGGCGUCGAGAAUGGCAUCAUCUAUCUCCCUGGCAAGCUCGAGCAGAAUUGGGAGGACUCUGACAUGGGUCCUCCGUUCAGGCAACGUCGAUAUUUCUACUACCUCAGUGGAGCAGACUUCUCGGGCUGCGCUGUAACCUACGAUAUAGGCGCAGAUAACCUGAUUCUCUGGAUCCCUUACUCACCGCCGCAGACCGUGCUCUGGUUUGGUACAACGCCCAGCCCGGCAGAGUGUCUGGAGAACUCGGACCUCGACGGCGUCAAGUACAUCGCCGAGCUACCCAAGUACCUGGUCCCAACCCUGGCUCUGGUCGAGUCGUUAUAUGUGCUUCGGGAAUCCCAGUUGCCCAGGUUCAAGUCCUUCGAGACACUCAAGCCCCAUGUCAAGAUUGACACCACAUCCCUCUUACCGGCCAUCAGCGAGGCGCGGGUGAUCAAGACAGACCACGAGAUCGCUUUGAUCCGCAAGGCCGUCGAUGUCUCGUCCGUCGCCCACAAGGCCGUGUGCAGGCAACUUCUGUCGCUCAAGAACGAAUGCGAGAUCGAGGCCGUGUUCCAGGGCUCGUGCCUCUCGCAGAACGCACACGCGCAGUCCUACGCCAUCAUCGCGGGCUCCGGUCCCAACGCCGCGUCCCUGCACUACGGCGCCAACAACGAGCCGCUCGCGGGCCGGCAGCUCGUCGUGCUGGACGCCGGCGCCGAGUGGUCCGCCUACGCCUCGGACAUCACGCGGACGCUACCGCUGACGGGCCGCUUCACGCCCGAGGGCCGGGCCAUCUACGACCUGGUCGCCGAGAUGCAGGAGCAGUGCAUCGCGCGCAUCCGGCCCGGCACCGUCUACUACUCGCUCCACCUGCACGCGCACCUCGUCGCCACCAAGGGCCUGCUGGCGCUCGGCAUCCUGCGCGGCGGCUCCGCCCGCGACAUCUUCCGCAACGGCACCAGCGCCGCCUUCUUCCCGCACGGCCUCGGCCACCACGUCGGGCUCGAGGUCCACGACGUCGGAGGCUACGAGCGCCUGAGCGUCGACGCCGCGCGGACGGACGGCUUCCGGGCCCUCGGCGGCAAGCGGCGCCCCGUCGGGCCCGAGAUGCUGCGGGACAUGAUCGCCGCGGCCGAGUCGGACCUGGCAUCGGUGGAGAGCAGCAGCGACGGCGGCGACAAGUACAAGGGCCGGCGGGAGCUGGCGCCGGGCAUGGUGGUCACGGUGGAGCCGGGUAUCUACUUCUGCCGGCCGUACAUCGAGGCCUACUUCCUGCAGCGGCCCGAGCACGCGCGCUACAUCGACGCCGAGGUGCUGGAGCGGUACUGGGACGUCGGCGGCGUGCGCAUCGAGGACGACAUCCUGGUCACGGAGGACGGGUGGGAGAACCUGUCGUGGGCACCCAAGGGGGACGAGGCCCUGAAGAUCAUCAAUGGGGAGACCGUGUGA